CAAACCCUCUGCAGGGGAGCCUGCUGUCACGGUGAGGUGCUCCCCACUGUAGACCUUGAGUGUAAGGCACAGCCGCCUGCCCUCUUUUGCCACCUCACAGGCCCCUAAGAUGCUGGACUCAUCAGCUGAAGACCAAAUGACCCGGCUGACACUGAGGCUUUUGGAACAGGCAACAGCAGUGCAGCCAGCAUCACCUUCACAGCCUCUGUCCCUCAUAGAAGCUGGAGCAAGAACGAGAGAACAUGGAAGAGGGCUCAGAGGGCACCCACCUUGUGCCAGGUCUCCUGUGACAUCCCUGACCACCUGGCCACCUGCCCGGAGACUUCCUCAGUGGACAAAGAACGUGCUUCCCUCAGGACACGAGGACAGGUUGAACAAGGCACUGCAGAGCGCUCGGAGGAGGAGGAAGGAGCUUCUGCUGAGACUCCGGGAACAGCAGCUCCUGGAUGAGCACCCCUGGGCCCACACCUGGAGGGGGGCACGUGGAGAGGCUCUGGAGCCAGCCCUGCUCCCAGAAGCAACCCCUGUGGGCAUCUACCCCACUGUCUCUCCACCCCCGCUGGCCCCUGAGCCACCGAGAAUCAUCCAACACCAGGUCCCCCAGCCUCCUGCCACCAUCAUUCAGCAGCUACCUCAGCAGCCACUCAUUGCACAGAUUCCUCCUCCCCAGGCCUCUCCUACUCAAAGGUCAGGAAGCAUUAAGGAAGACAUGGUGGAGAUGAUGCUGAUGCAGAACGCGCAGAUGCACCAGAUCCUUAUGCAGAACAUGAUGCUCAAAGCCCUGCCGCCUGCGCUGGCACCCACGGGUCUGCACUCUGCCCUGCAGGACCCUCGGGGGACGCGCCCAGUUGCCCUGCGAGCUGAGAGGCAGAAGCCACCUGCGGUGCACCACCACCAUCACUAUGCACCCUCUACCUCACUGCAGCCUGGCUCUGUGCCGGGUGCCUCCCUUAGUUACUCCAUGUGGCCCCCAGUGGUUGCAGCCACCGCCCUGCCACCUGCCACCAGCUUCUUGCCCACCAUGUGCCACGUGGCCAGUCCCACUACUCUGCCUGCGGGUAGCACGCUGGUGUCCGAUGGCAUCCUGCCCUCACAGGCCCCAGGCAUAUGAGCCCGCUUGUUCCAGCUUGGUUGGAGGUGAGGUGAGGUGGAGGUGCUGCACUGUGGCUGAGAGCCUCCUCUGGCUGGCCUGGCUCUCGGGAGUGUGUCGGAGCUGUGAGGAGCAGGGCGUGUGCCCGCGUAGAUGGCCAGAUGGAGAGUGACACCCUGCUCUCCCACAGCCAUCCUUCAGCGGACCUCUGGGUGGGAUUCCAGACUCUGCUGUGUUAAAAGCAUGAAUUAAAGGCCUGACCCAAUUUC